AUGUCCUCCCGCUCAGAUUCUGCGGAAGCUCAAGAUAGGAGUAAGCUAAUUCCUAUAGGUCCUUGCGCACAGAUUUCGAACUGCAGUCAGACAUGCACUAAUUCAGGCUUUACUAAAGGCGGAAAAUGCAUCAAAUGGUAUCCUAAUUCUAUCAAGGAUACAUGUGCGUGCUUUGUAAACGCUCCUACUCCAGCUGUUUAA